CCUCCUCCUACUCCUCUUUCCUCCUCCUUCCUAAGUGUACAGACAGCAUCACAUCACCUGGUUGGCUUCUGAGAAACAGCAUCUCUCCUUUUCAGGGACCAGAGACUCAGAGAAUGGAGACAUUCUAAUGGAGUCUGCUCGAUACCCCAAAAUAAAAUAAUAAAUUUUGGCUCUUGUCCCCUCCUCCCGCCCCCACCCCCUCAACCCUGUGUGAGAUGUUGGAUUUCUUCUUCACGAGACACUGUUGAGAAGUCGCAGUGGCUGGAGAGGCGUAGGGGAUAGACGGCCUCUACCCCCCCAUCCCCCUUUUUUCUCUCUGGGAGGAGGAGGAGGGGAAGGGGGGUUGCAGAGCGAGCGAUGGAUGAGGAAAACAUGACGAAAAGCGAGGAGCAGCAGCCUCUGAGUUUGCAAAAAGCCUUACAGCAGUGCGAACUGGUCCAAAACAUGAUAGACCUCAGUAUCUCCAACCUAGAAGGGCUUAGGACCAAAUGUGCUACCUCCAACGACCUCACACAAAAAGAAAUCCGGACCCUGGAGAGCAAGCUGGUGAAAUACUUCAGCCGGCAGCUGUCCUGCAAAAAGAAGGUGGCCCUGCAGGAACGCAACGCAGAGCUGGAUGGCUUCCCCCAGGUCCGGCACUGGUUCCGGAUUGUCGACGUGCGCAAGGAAGUCCUGGAG